AGAGAGAGAGAGAGAGGAAAAGAGAGAGAGAGAGAGAGGAAAAGAGAGAGAGAGACAGAACUGGACCUCUGUGCUGAGUUCCAUCGAUCUGAGGUGCACGGAGGAUUCUCUCUUUCGGGACACAUUUCACAGAUUUGGGACCUUCUGGAAUGCCAAAGUUGGAUUCACUGCUUGGAACAUGCUACUGGGCAAUUUGGUAGUGGCUGUGCUCUGCCUGUGGAGUACCAAUGUCAGCAUAGCUUACGUGUUUCAAGCUUCCCGACCUGUAGAGGGAGUAGACAACCCACCACAUCACACUAAAGGUAUAUCAGAUUGGGUCAGCACAGCAGGCUCCUGUAAGGGGAGGUGCUUCGAGCUGGAGGUGGCCGAUCCUCCGGGAUGCAGAUGUGACAAUCUGUGUAAAACCUACUACAGCUGCUGCUCUGACUUUGACACGCACUGCCUGAAAACAGAGGGAGGGUUUGAGUGUACGGAGGAUCGCUGCGGGGAGGAGAGGAAUGAAAACCAUGCCUGCCACUGCACAGAGGACUGCCUGGAACACGGAGACUGCUGCUCCAACUACAAAUCCCUCUGCAAAGGUGAAACUUCCUGGUUGGACGAAGAAUGUGAGGAGAUCAAGAGAGCUGAAUGUCCUGCAGGUUUCGUCCGUCCUCCUCUCAUUAUGGUGUCUGUGGAUGGGUUCAGAGCCUCCUACCUGAAGAAGAGCAAAUCUGUCAUCCCUAACCUGCACAAACUCAAAAGCUGUGGUACAUCAGUACCAUACAUGCGGCCAGUUUACCCAUCAAAGACAUUCCCAAAUUUAUACACCCUAGCCACAGGUCUGUACCCAGAGUCUCAUGGGAUUGUGGGAAACACCAUGCAUGACCCAGAGUUCAAUGCCACUUUCAGCCUUCGAACACGAGAGAAAUUAAACCACCGCUGGUGGGGCGGACAGCCGAUCUGGAUCACUGCAGAGAAACAAGGAGUGAAGGCAGGCACUUUCUUCUGGCCUUGGGUGAUUCCCCUUGAGAGGAGGAUUUUGACCAUGCUUCACUGGCUACAUUUGCCUGAUGAUGAAAGGCCGUAUGUUUAUGCUGUCCAUUCAGAGCAGCCGGAUACUUUCGGCCAUCGCCUUGGACCACUCAGCAGUGAGCUGGACAACACCCUGACAGACCUUGAUAAUGUCAUUGGCCAACUGAUGAAUGGACUGAAGCAGAUGAACCUGCACCGCUGUGUCAACGUUAUUAUUGUAGGAGACCACGGAAUGGAGGAGGCUCACUGUGACAGGACAGAGUUUCUCAGCAGCUACCCUCUCAACCUGGACGACAUCAUGCUCAUACCUGGGUCAAUUGGAAGAAUACGCCCCCGAGACUCCAGAUCCACUACAUAUGACCCAAAAGCGGUUGUUGCAAACCUCACUUGCAAAAUGCCAAAUCAGCACUUCAAACCGUAUCUGAAGCAACAUUUACCCAAAAGGCUUCACUACGCCAAAAACCGCAGGAUAGAGGACGUCCAGCUGCUAAUGGAGAGGAAAUGGCACAUUGCUAAGAAAGUGCCAGAAAAACCGAGGAAUCGAUGUGGGUUCUCUGGUGAUCACGGCUUUGACAAUAAGAUCACCAGCAUGAGGACGAUCUUCAUCGGCCAUGGCCCAAGCUUCAAAUUUCAGAAAAACCUGCCAGAAUUUGAAAAUAUAGAAUUAUACAACGUCAUGUGUGACCUGUUGGGACUGAAACCUGCUCCAAACAACGGCACACACGGCAGCUUAAACGACAUGCUGAAGGAUCCGCCAUUCCAGCCCACCAUGCCGGAGGAAGUGACGCCUCCUUCACCGCCGUCUGAUUCCAACAUUCCUGUGAUCCAGGAUCUGGGCUGCAGCUGUGAUGAUGAGAACAGGGUGGAGGAAAUUGUUGAAACUUUCACUCCUGCACCAGAGGGAAUCCAAAGCUCAAACAGUACCCACAUCCCGUUUGGUCGACCGGCAGUCAUGUUUGAGACUCAGUACAGUCUUCUACACCAUCCAGAGUUUAUUAGUGGCUAUAGCAAAGAACUGGCCAUGCCACUCUGGACGGCAUACACACUGAAGAAACAGGAUGACCUGACUCCAUUACCGGAGGUUUCACCAGGUGUUAAAUGUAUCCGAGUUGACCACAGAGUUUCACCUGAUCACAGCCAGAGCUGCACAGCUUACAGCCAGAACAGCCACCUCACCUAUGGCUCCCUAUUCCCCCCUGAAUUUGCAACAUUCCCAGAAUCCAGAUACGAUGCUUCUCUCAUCACCAACACUGUUCCCAUGUACCCAGCCUUCAAGAGAAUGUGGAGUUAUCUGCAGGGGGCAGUGUUGAGACGUUAUGCAGAGGAAAACAAUGGCAUCAAUGUUCUCUCUGGGCCAAUUUUUGACUCCAACCAUGACGGCCUUAGAGACACGAUAGAGAAGAUAAAAGAGUUCUCUGAUGACUCAACACCUGUUCCUAGUCACUUCUACACUAUUGUGACAAGUUGCCAGGAGAUGAACCAAACAGUAGAGGAGUGUGAUGGAGCUCUAAAGGUCUUGUCUUUCAUCAUUCCUAACAGACCAGACAACAGUGAAGCCUGUAACAGUGAUGAGGAUGAGUCCCAGUGGGUGGAGGACCUGCUGAAAGUCCACACGGCUCGAGUCCGAGACGUGGAAAUUUUGACGGGUCUUGACCUGUACCGAUCCACCAACCUCACCUACACCAGCACCCUGAUCCUCAAAACCUACCUGCACACGUUUGAGGAUGACAACUAGAAGCACAAACACAUACGUGAUAUUGUCCCGCGUUUUCACUGCAUGCUUUCUGGUGGUGCACAGCUGUUCAACCUCUAAAGGGACUGUCCCAGACAUGCUUGGAAAGUGAAGCACAUUUUUGAGAACUGAAACAAUUAAAAACAAUAUUCUUUGUUAAGAUCAUUACAGGAUUUGUUGAUGCUUUCACAAAAUUCAGAAAGUUUAAUCAAGCUCAGGACGGAGGCAGAACAAGGGACACAAAGCUGUCAGAGAACAUUUCAGAAAUACUGAUAUACUCGUCAGCCCACUUAAAGCACCAAAACAGUUUUGUAGCCCUGCAACCUUAAUGGAUCUUUAUUAAUAGUUUUACUAAACAUCAGAUGCAUUUAGUCAGGUUUAACACACAUUUAAAGUUUGUUGUUGACUUAAAAGGAAGAAUAUUUAGUAGGUUGCAUUUAAUGUUACCCUGAAAAUUUAUACAAAAAUGGUCAAUAAAAAACAAAACGAACAUUUCAGAACAUUGAUGUUUGUAGAAAUUAAUAAGCUGAAAAUGUGUAAUAAUCUUUUUGAGACUCAUGCUUAAUCGUAUUACUGCAGAUAUUGUAUUUUCAAGAUAAAACUUAAGUACGUGGGCUCUAAAUUAAUUGUUUUAUAAAAUAGCUAUAUGUCUGCAGGCUGAAACUAAUAUUUGCCAUAUACAGAUAAUAUAUGUAACACACAGGAUAGAAAAAAGGUCAUUUCAAACAAAAUAUGUAGCAUUUAUGUUUUUUUUUUUUUUUUUUUUUGGAUCACUACUUUGAAAAAAAUGAGUACUUCUACUGGAAGCAUCAGUGGCGCAGAACGGCAGCAGAACUUUGCUGCUUCAAAUAGAAUCCAUUACAGUCUAUAGGGGUAAUCCAAACCAGCCGUGAGGCGGACAUUUUCCGGUGCGUCCCAGAAGCACUGUGCUGCUAAAGAUAGAACUGGGCUCUAUUUUUAGUGCUAGACAGAAAAUCACACGGUUUCAGUGUAAAACCUCUGGUAAUUUUCUAAAUUAAAGACUAUUGCAUCAAUGCAAUUUCAUCUAUGUAGAUUAGGUCUAUACAUGCAACCUAACGGCUUACUUACUCUCAGCAUCAUUCAAGAAGUGCUACGGCGUAAUUUUAUAGGCUUUAAUCCUGGCAGGAGGAACAACAUUAUAUAUGACAUCAAACAUAAUUUCCAACUUUUUGGUUUAAUGGCGGAUGGCAUAAACAAACCAUGACCUUUGGAGACUCAAGAGAUCUUGUGAUCUCGUGAGUCAAGCACGGAGGAUGGCGGACGUCUCAGGGGAUUUUGUGAUCUUGCAUGAACUGGCACGCAGCAAAACUUGCGAGUAAACCGUUCCGCGCUGCUGAUAGGGGGUAAGAUGGGAAUAAGGUUGUUUCAAUGGGUGUAUUUUUCACAGUGCAAUGUGGAAGAGGGAAAAUAUCCAUUUGGUUGUUUGACCUUGAGAAUGACCACUCAAUUCCAACAAGUACAUCAGUAGGGCCAGGCUACAGACCCUUGGGGGAAAUCUCCACUGGGAAAAUAGAUCUUCAGCUUCACCAGAAUUUUACAUACUUUUACUAGCAAUAAUUAUUGUUAUUAUUGUUUGUGAUCAAUUGAACCCAAUCAUUGUGAAAAUGGUUCUACAAAAGUGCAGCACUUAGAAUAAAAAUCUGAAAGCGUGACUCUAAGGACAAAUACAUGUUAAAUAUACUCUUUUCUUGAAGUUGUUGUCUUAAAAAAAUUAUCAUCAUGGAACGAAAGCACACAAAUUUAUCAUUAAAAGUGGAUUGUUUUCGGUCAAGAUGAGGCCAUGUCCAUUAGGUGGAAGCUGCUCUCAAAGUUUGCAGUUAAACUAUGUUUCAAGGUAGUCUUUCUAGAAAGACUUUUAAACAAAUUUCAAUUGUUAUAUCAAAUAUCAUUUUUUUUUUUUUUACAUUUUUCUUUCCAAAGUCUUUGUGCAUGCCUACUUUUUCAUGUUUGGCGUGUUCAAGAGUCGGGUGUCUUUACUCAUUGGAAAAAUUGAAGGAAUUAAUAUUCUUUAGCAAAUUGUAGCUGUCAAGAACCAGUAAAAUGAAUUGUUUGUUUUGCAGUACUUCCGUUUUAAGCAUAAAAAGCACUUGUUUCAUUGUCUCAUUUAGCUUUUGACUUUGUUUUGCCUUUUUAAAGGUGCAGUACUCGUGCACAGAACUCUGUACAGAAAAAUUAGUCAAGAACCGGUCUUUAUAUAUAUAUAUAUUUACUUGCAUAACAUUACAUUGAUUAUUAAUGUAGCCAAAUACAAAUAAUCAAUGGAAGGUCAAUGAAUUGACGUUAGAAGCUCUUCAAGUUGUAGAUGAAGCUAUUUGUAUUCCUGUAGUCUUUCAAAUAAAAGAUAAGUAGAUUGGGAAAUCCUCCAGUGA